AUGGAUCCCCCUACACAGUUUUAUGAAACCAACGACUCAGCUAGGCAAAGGUCCUCCACUAACCCAAACAUGAAAACGGAUGGCAAAGAAUCCAACUUGCCCUUCGGAGACAUGCAGUCUCAGUUAGGAAAAAUGGUGUGGGAAGCUGGAUCGAAGCAAGUCCAAGAUACAUUUAAGUCCUAUGGCCGUAUUGACUUGUUUCGUCCAUAUUUUGAUGUGGAGCCUGCUGAAGUUCGGUCUCGUUUAAUAAGAUCGUUCAUCCCGAGAAAACCAUCUCAAAUGGCAUCUGUUCCUGAUUUAUACGGUCCUUCUAUGAUUGUCUUAACUAUGGCAGCGUUACUGUUAUUUAAUAUGAAAACUAGCGGGUAUGUUGUUCCAAACGGAACUCUAAUGGGGACAUCCUUAUUUGUCUGUUUUGGUUCCUGGCUGGGUAUUUCAGGAAUAAUAUAUUUCAUAGGAUUCCUCCUUAACACUGAAAUGACAAUGCUCAAACUCAUCUCCGUCUUUGGUUACUCGUUAACAUCCCAUUGCGUAGUUCUUUUCCUCAGCUCAGUUUUUCAUCCUAGUCAUGACCAUAUUUACUUUUUCCUUCUGGUUCUAUUACUUUGCGCUCCAAGUGCCAUCAGAAUGGGACUGAUAGUUUGUAUGCAAGUACGAGUUCCUCAAUAUCGUAUGAUCUUAGGUGCAGUAGCUUGUUUCUUACAUUUUGUUCUUAUUUUCUACUUACAUUUCGGUUUCCAUGUAAUGCUCGAAGAGUUGGAUCAAAUGAUUGAAGGUGUUGCUUCUGGAAAAGACAUUCCUCAGUAA